AUGACCUCUAAGAUCCUCAUCGUCUUCGUCAUGGCAACACUCGCCACUUCGGUUCCCGUGUCCACUCCGGCGACCUCCGACACACCCACGACCCUCGCCUCAAACUUCUGGGAGCGGUUGACUGCCACUCCCACGGCCAAAGUAACAGCCACACCGAUCAAGAACAAGGCCAUGGCACCCGCCGCAACGGUAAUCGUGACGUUCAUCAGGAUCCUGCCCUACCUCCUGGGCAUCGGCAUUCCGGUGCUUAUCUGCGCCUACAUCGUGUGGUACAUCUACGCGUGCUUUGAGGGCAUCCGCAAACUGAACGGCGACGCGCGCGAGGCCCGUCUGGCCCGGUAUCGGCGGUACUGGCCCACGGAGAAAUGGUAUCCGUUCAACCUCGGCCCGCAGACGGUGUGGGUGGCGGCCCACGAGCAGCCUUCUGGAGCCGUCAUCGAGCCCAACCUCGCGGCCGUACCGUGCGCACCGGCCGCGGCACGCAUCGUUCACCACCCGCACACAUACACGUACACGUACACGCCGCCCAGCCUCUCGACGUUCUCGGAAUCGCCACCGCCAUACGUGUCCCAGACCGUCACCACCCCCGCGGCGGCGGCCCCGCGCCACCCGCCAUGCCCGUUUGCCGACCGCAAUGCGUGUCCUGCCUGUCGCUAA